AUGGCUGCCGAAAUAGCCAUUGCAGCUGUUGGUGUGACAUUGGCUGGCAUCCAAGUCGCAGCGGUCAUCGACAACUAUGCUCAGAAAAGACGCAGUCCCUAUGCACGGCUCAAUCGAAAGAUAGCAAGUCUUGUCGAUGCUGUGUCUUUGGAAGGAGCCAAUAGCCUAGCCAACAGUUCAACGCAGUUUGCGAUCUACAUCCAACAAGUACAGCGACAAAACGGCACCAUGGCUCCCUUUGCCUACCAGCCUUUGCGUCCCCAAGAACUUCGUAUUCUUGAGUUGAGCUCAGGUUCACCAGAAGACCCUCUCUCUGGCACUUUGGUGCAUAGAAAGCUAUCACCUGAAGACUCCGAAGUCCCAGAGUUCGAAGCACUGUCUUACUGUUGGGGUGACCAAUCUCAGUUGGAACCCAUUACACUUACGACGAGACACUCUAGUGAGGAAUUGCUACCAACUGGGAGCUUAGAGUCUGGAGACAUUGGUAUUGGACCGAAUCUGGCUGCAGCGCUGCGUUCUCUUCGAUACCCUUCUGAGAAGCGAAUACUCUGGUGCGACUCUAUCUGCAUCAAUCAAAAAGACCGCGAUGAACGCUCGUCUCAGGUUCAACGCAUGUACUUGGUAUACACCUUUGCCCUGAGAGUCGUUGUAUGGCUCGGCCCAGCGACAUCCUGGAGCGACCUCUUUAUGGACACACUUCAGCAGGUGGGAACGCAUGUCAAGUCUGGUCACUGGGACGAAGUUCGAGGCACUUUCGUCUUCGCUUUCAACACAGUGACAACAGCGGGGUCUCCCGUAACAUCUGAUCCUGACCCUGGAGUGCUGAGAAGAGAACAAUGGCACGCUUUAGAGAGCUUCCUAGCUCUGGACUGGCAUAGACGCCUCUGGACUUAUCAGGAGAUUAUCUUGGCCAAUCAAGAAGCGUCUAUAGUCAGAAUAGGUGGCAGAGAGAUAUUAUGGACCAGGUUGAAGUGCUUGGUAACUUAUACGUGUUAUCUGGAGCUUUUGGGUGAAUGGUUCGUUGAUGUCAACAGGUUUCGGGAUAACUGGGAGCUCUUCCUUCGCAAGGUGAUAGCAUGCCAAAUACCGUGGACCAAGAAUGGCUAUAGUUGCAUACCUCUUCUAGAUACCACGAAGCAGUAUCAAUGCUCUGACUUUCGCGAUAAAGUCUUUGCUCUUCGGGGGUUACUCAAACCUGCUGUGGCUGAAAGGAUGAUGGUGGACUACACCAAGUCUGCCAAGGAGGUUUUCACUUUGAUCUGUUUGGAUCAACUUCACCACGAGUUGCAAUUACAGUUCUUGAACUAUUGCAACAUGGACAAACGGCCAAGUUGGGUAGCAGACUUGGACAGACCUCUUACCAGUCUUGCUCUCAGUUGCGACUCAGCUGCGAGGUCUUGCACUUCAGCCCUGUUGGUGGAACCUGAUAUACUAGAGGUUCCAGGAGUAUUUUGCGACCAAGUAUCCUGCGAUCCAUACCUCCUGUCAAAGGGAAACUCGUCAACAUCAAAGAAGGAGCAUAUCGACGUAUUUCUUGACAUGAUUCAAUAUCUCGUGGGAAGCGAUCUUGUUCUUGAAGGCAAAUGUCUCGACAGGUUCAUCAUGAUGAUUAUGUCAGGAGCCCUGUGGGAUUUUGACCAGCAGAGAUUUGACCCUCCCGGCAAAAGGCGGCUGAAAUCUUUGCAAGACUGGCAAACAAGAAUAAGAGACUGGAUGAGCGGUAUUUUCAACGAUGAUAAUCCAAAAGUCCCCUGGCGAGAAAGCGACUCCGCGUAUCUACGCUCCAUCGUCCCAGUCGAGCCAGCAAUCGGGUGUUGCAGAACCAGCAGCGGUAGUUUCGCUCGCGUCCCAGCAGCGAGUCGCGCCGGUGAUGUAAUAGUAGUGCUCCUUGGUUUGUGCAACCCCCUCGUGCUACGACCGCAAGAGACUCCUGGGUAUUUUCACGUCGUGGGGCCUUGCUAUCACCCCGACUUCGCCAAUAGUGAAGCGUUGCUGGGCGAUGACUUCCACGGCUGGGGCUACGUAUGGAAUUUGGUUCCAUCGAUGCUUCGCUUCUUUAAAGACGGGCAUCCUGAUCGAUUGACAGACCCGAGGCUAGAUGAUGUUCCUUCGAGCGAGAGUUUCACUGAAGGGACUUUGGAGGAGAGCGGUCAUGAAUGUCCGAUUUGGAUAUACAAGGAUCCAUAUGGGUGCACUUACGAGACGUCUUUCGAUCCUCGGAUGUCGGAGAACUCGUUGAGGAGCAGGGGAGUCCCAAUAGAGAGAUUUCGACUGAUCUAA